CGGACGGGGGGCGGGGCCUCGUCGACCCCGUGACUGGCGGCGAGGUCGCGUGACGCGGGGCCGGGCCUCCCAAGAUGGCGGUGUGCGUGGCGGUGAUCGCCAAGGAGAAUUACCCUCUCUACAUCCGCAGCGUCCCCACAGAGAACGAGCUGAAGUUCCACUACAUGGUGCACACGUCCCUGGAUGUGGUGGACGAGAAGAUCUCAGCCAUGGGGAAGGCCCUGGUGGACCAGAGGGAGCUCUACCUGGGCCUGCUGUACCCCACAGAGGACUACAAGGUGUACGGCUAUGUGACUAACUCCAAAGUGAAGUUUGUCAUGGUGGUGGACUCGUCCAACACAGCGCUUCGUGACAAUGAGAUUCGCAGUAUGUUCCGGAAGCUGCACAGCUCCUACACAGAUGUGAUGUGCAACCCCUUCUACAACCCGGGGGACCGCAUCCAGUCCAGAUGUGGUUCCCAAGGGGCUCCUUAUAGCUGGCAGGUGAGAGGACACCGCAGUGACCCAAGCUGGUGGCACCUUCCCUCAACUGUGACGCUGCAUCUCGGGUCAUCCUGGGUCCCAGCAGGGAGAAGCAGCCACUGCUAAUGCAGAGCCUGGCGCCUCCGGGGCAGCUCCUCCCCAACCCCGGGGCUGAAGACCCUACCGGGAAGGAGGAGGCAGGAGACUUGGAUUUUCACUGCUGGGUGUGGCUGGACGCACAUCUUGGCCUCUGCCGAGUGUGCCUACCCGAGCCUGCAGAAGGAGCCUCCCGGGAGAUGGGCGCUGCCGCAGGACCUGUCUGCCAGCCCGGCGAGGGGCGCAGGCCUGGGUCUGCUGCUCUGAGCCAGUCUCUCUCUGCAGGGCCUUCGAGAGCAUGGUGACGUCCAUGAUGAUACAGGUCUGUUGAGCGAAGACUGCUGCCCGUUGCUGGAAGAGAAGCGUUCUGUGCAUAACCGUGUCAUUAGAUGUGUAUUUAUUAGCCUGUGCCCCUCCCUGAGCGUCGUGGAUGAGCUGCUCGGAGGCAGGGCUGUGUGCACAGCUGAGCCGACUAAAGGUCUUUCUUGUAAGAUAAGGUUUGGCUUUUGCCUUCUGUCAGCAGAGGGUUUAAACAAGGGAGUUUAACACGAGGCUUUUCAGGGAGGGGGCACAAGGCAGGGAGCCACCGGCCCCCUCGGCAUGAAGGGCGGGGUGAGCAGGGUGGUGGGAGCCUGCGAAGCUUGGAGCCCUGAAGAGGCUGUGGCUGUGGGGUGGCAGAGGGUGGCACAGAAGGACAGGGCUGGCCCCUGCAGUGGCUCCCCAGGUGGGUGGUCUGUAAGGUGGCUGCCUGUGCCCAGAGGGGCCAUGUGGGACGGCCCACCCGACUUCCCCAAGUGUGGGUGCACCUUCCUCUUUUUGCUCUGCUCUGGCCCAGCGUGUGGUGGGGGCGCCCCGGGGAGCCAGAAGCCUCAUGUAAACGCAGGGUCUGCUCAUGCUGCUUUCUGAGAACCAGCUCAGUCUGCAGGCACUCCUCCAGCUAGUGCGCCAGCCGAGGGGUCGGAGGUGAGCCCCCUUCCCUGCUGCCCACAGGCACCUGGCACGCUGGGGCUGGGGUUACGUCUGAAGAGGAUCUGAUGUAAUGGGAUUUCUGCAUUCACCUUCCCCAGAAGCCUGCCCAGCCAAAUCCAGAUGACGGUUGUCACUAGUUGACCAUGACUGAGGUGACAGCCCUUCCAGGAUCCAGUGGCCCAGGUGCCAUCACCCUUUGCCAUUUAACAUUGUGGCUGUAAAGUGGGAGAGGCCACGCACAGCUGGGUCUGAGCCCCACCCCGUAGUCUGCCCCAAGUUUUCAGGGUGGCUGGCUUUCCAGUGGUGGCAGCCCCACGAGAGCCGAGAGCCCCUCCCUGCCCUCUUAGUCACUAGGGAGAGGGCCUCUGGCCCGGAGUAGGGUGGCUCAGGCGCCCUUGGAGAGCGGGAAACGCUCAGCAUGGUUGGCCAGCCGGGGGUUGCGACUGGGAGGUGGACUCCCUUCCCUGCUCAUGAACAAAGUAGUGAUUUCUUAAGUUUCAGAAGUAAAGAAAAAAAAUGAGCUGAUACAGUGUGUUAAAAACACAAGUCCCAGGUCCCCACCGUAUGUCCCAGCGCAGGAGUAACUGGAAACCCCAGAGGGGCUGAGGAGCCCCCAAAGCAGAUGGGGGUCUGCUGCCAGCCGGCCUGAGGCCAGCCUCACAUCUUGGGUUGGGUUUUAGUGAUUAAGCUCUCCUGCCUGCUUAGUGGCCGUGUAGGGGCUGCAAGUUGCUGACCCAACAUCCAUUCUCCUUUGCUUCCGUACUAAUAGAAUCCUGGUGUUACUGGGGACAGGUAACCAGACAACAGAUACUUCUAUCCUCCACUGCACACGAGGGUAGGUAGUCAUGGCAUGUAAGUGGAUAGCACUGGGAGGGUACUUGCAGGGAAGAUCCUUGAAGAGGGGAUUUUGCUGGCAGGUGGAGUACUUGUCUUUCAUAUUUUCUCUUCUUCCUGCCUAGAACUUAGAUGUGAUGGCUGGAGUUUAGGCAGCCAUCUUGAGAACGUGGGAACAAGAUUCAUGCCCUAAGGUUGGGGGUGCAGAAAGCUAGAGGGAGCCUGGGUCUUUGCUGGUAUACUAGCCAUGGGCUGUUUAUGUUCAGCUUUUUUUUUUUAAUGUGAGAAAAUAAACCCCUAUCUUGUUAAAGUUA